AGUAUCAAUUCAAUACGAACGUUUUCAAACUUUGUCUUAAAAUUAAAUUCCAUUGUGAAAGAAAAUUUGUUGGGAAAAUGAAACAGUUUUUGAUUUUAGCUGCCGUUUUGUGCGUCGUUUUAUGUGAAGACAUUGCUAAAAAACCAAACAUGAGGGGCAACAAGAAAUUCUUGCAACUCUGUGCAAAUAAGUCGGGUCUCUCUAAAAAUGACCUCAAAACAUUGAAAGAAAAAGCAAUGUAUACACUAUUGACGGCUGGAGAACAAAAGUUCAUUUGUUGCAUUGCUGAUCCUUUGAUCUACGAUGGCAAGCUCGUAAUGGAACGAUUGGAAAAAAUCACGGCCAAAAAAGUGAAAGAUGUACCAGUCGAUUUGGGAAUGAUCAAAAAUGAAUGUGAAAAGGCGGGUACUAAAUCAGAUGACCUCACAACCUGUCCCAAAAUAGCCACAUUUGCUCAGUGUAUUUUCGUUCAGAUCCGUAAUCUGGUAAAAGAACACAAACAGGGUACGAGCGCAAGUGCCAACAUUACAGGCAACACAGACGCUGUUGCCAAUGCGAAUACUAACAAAGAAAUCGUUCCCGAUACAAAAGUUGACGUGGACGCCGUUCCCACUGCAAAUGUUGAUAAGGAUGCUGUUGCUAACACCAGUGCUAAUAAGGAAGCCAUUCCUGAUACAAUUAAAAACACGGACGCUAAUGCCAAUGCCAAUGCCGAUGCUAGUUCCAUUUCCAAUGCUAACAAAGCUGAUGCUAGCAAAUCCGAUGCUAGCAAAGUUGAUGCUAGCAAAGCCGAUGCUAGCAAAGUUGAUGCUAAUGCCAAAGCCGAUGUUCCAUCCCCUUAGAUAUGUGAAUUUGGAUAAUGCGCAAUUAGAGUGGUCAACGAACGUUGGUUCGAUCCUUUGUAGACUAUUCUAAGUUCAAUAAGCAAAAUUACAAUAUCAUUUUAUCAAGCAAAAGGCUUUCACAGAAAGUCAUGACAUUUAAAACACUUUCUUUGGUAUUGGUUGCCGUUUCUUUUCAA